GCAAUGGGUGAGGGGGCGUGGAUGGCAUUUUCCAGCAACCGGGAUCUUACCAUGGAGCAGUGGCGUGAGAGCCAAGCCGGCCUGGACAUAAUGUCAGCCAAAAAGCGGAACGAAGAGGGCGCGGCGGCCCCGUAUUUAUCCCGAGACGUGAAGCUGGAGCAGGAAAAGCUGUCCGGCGUAGUGAAAAGCGUUCACCGGAGCUUGCGAAGGAAGUACCGAGAAGCUGGUGAUUUUGAGAAGGUUUGGCUAGAGCAUUGCAAAGAUGAAGGAAGACUUUGUGAAUAUGCUGUUGCGAUGAAAAACCUUGCAGACAGCCACUGGGCAAAGAAGUGUGAAGGGGAAGGUCGCAUUGAAUGGUGCCUUAGUGUUUGCCAAGAUUAUUUUUAUAAUGGAGGAAAGAGAAAAGCAAUUGAAAAAGAUGCCAGAAGAGCAGCUUUAAAGAAUUGCCAGUCCCCAAGUUGUGAUGACGUUCUCUUUUCAACUUUUGAUUUUUCAAAUGUCAAUACUCCAAAUAUAGAUUUUCACCACCAGGGGAAGAUCCGAUUGUUAGAUGUUGGAAGCUGCUACAACCCGUUUCUUAAAUACGACGACAUUUUGGCUGUUGGUAUUGACAUUGUCCCGGCGGUCGAGACUGUGUACAAGUGUGACUUCCUGAACCUCCAAAUACAGCAACCUCUCCAACUUGCACCCGACGCCAUUGAUGCCUUCUUGAAACAACUAAAAAGUCCGAUUGACUAUUUGCCUGCAGAGCUUUUUCACGUGGUUGUUUUCUCUCUUCUGCUUUCGUACUUUCCUUCACGUUACCAACGGUGGAUUUGCUGUAAAAAGGCUCACGAGCUCCUUGCACUGAAUGGUUUGCUGCUCAUUAUCACUCCAGAUUCCUCCCACCAAAAUCGCCAUGCAAUGAUGAUGAAGAGCUGGAAAAUAGCGAUUGAGUCACUUGGCUUCAAGCGUAUGACCUAUUGUAAAUUUUCUCAUAUGCACCUUAUGUCCUUUAGAAAGGUAUCCCUAAAAACUACAAGUGACUUGAUUACAAGGAAUUAUCCAGAUAUGCUUUACAUUCCUCAAGACUUCAACUGUGCUGAUGAAGAAGAAUGCGCCAGUUUGUGUUGCGCUAGAUCAGAACAUGAAGAUGAACAACUUGCUUGCACUUUUUCGGAGCUGCCCGACACUCCAUAUGAUUCAGACUCUGGAGAAAGUCAAACCAGUUCCAUGUCCUUCUACGAGUUUGAAGAACCCAUAUUGCUAUUGACCUAGGGUAGUAUGUGGUCUGCUUAAAAGCCUUUGUGGCUUCACUGCCAAAUUGCUGGUCUCCAGGCUCAGACUUGAAUCCAAAUGUUUACAAAGUUUAGUAUUUUUCCAAUACAUAGAAUUUUGUUUUUUUUGGUUUUGUAAGACAUUUUUUGUUUAUUCAAAAAGGUACUACCUGCUUCAUGGUUUAUAAUUACAUGCAUAUCUUUUGUUCUGACAUUGUUACUUUUUGAUGAUGCAACUGUGCAUAGUUAAGGCAUUAUACAGCAAUUGUAUUAGCACACAAAGAUUAUCCCCCCCCAUGACAAUUUUACAAAUGAAACUGUUAUAUACUAAUUCUUGCAUAUCUCCCAGCAAGGUUGGCCAAUCCCCAGGAGCCAAGAAACAAAUGUUACUGUGGACACGCAACUUUUUGUGCCAUUUCAUACUGAUAUUUCUUGUUAAACGCAAGCAGGCUCUGCAUAAAAAGUUCAUGUAUUUCUAUAAUUCCAUUAAUAAAUAAUG